ACCAAAUCCGUGGUUUAAAAAAUUGGGACUUUUCAUGGUUAUAUAACCAUGGAAUGAACCACAGGUUUACAACACCAUACCACAUAAUUUUAAGAACAAUGAAAACAAACAUGGUUUCCUAGAAAACCAUACAUUAAUGAACUACGGGAAAUCACCAUCCAAACAGGGGGUAAAGUUCAACUUUCCAUUUUACAUUGAAAAAAAAAAAAAAAAACUUUCCAUUUUACAUUGGCUAAAUUUGGAGAAAUUAAACAAGGAAUUCAUCCGUAGUGUACUUAACCAUUUAUCACGUAUUACAUCCUACAAAGUACAAACUCAAACCGUCUAUAUAUAAGGCUGUAAUUAUAAGUAUCUAUAUAUAUACCCACAGAACGUACCUGUUCUUUUCACUAAUUAUUUCGAUUUUAGAAGACAAGUUUUUGCUUUUUCUUAAGUGUUGAAACUUGAAAUAUGGAAAAGAUGGGUUGCAAAAAGCAAAACAAAAUAGUUUUGUGGUGGUUUGCAAUUGUUUUCCAAUUUUUCUUGCUUGUCAAUGGUUCAAGGGUGCACCAUGAUAGGAACAGUACUCUAGCCAAAGAGAGUCGCAAAUUGCAACAAGUUUCUCCUCCUGUCACAAUGACUAUCACAACUGGCUAUGUCAUUACUUUAAUUUUUAAUGCGAUUGCUUAACUUUUUCGCAUCGUAUAAUCUACGUUUAUUCGUGAUCAUUAUUGUCCUAAUAUUUAUGUUUUACCUGGGAAAAAAAUGGUCAAUUAUCACUUGUUUCUCAGAAGUAUUAAUUAACUAAUUAAGUUAAUAAUAGUUAAAGACUAUAAGUUUGAAGCUUUCAUGAUAAAGGUGUUAAUGAAUUUAUGAGCUAAUGUUUUUACUUAUUUAUCAGGUGGUAAUUGAUAAUGGCAUUGUGCAACUUUCUUUAACUAAUCCCACUGGAGCAAUUGUUGGAGUUAAAUAUAAUGGGAUCGAUAAUCUCCUUGAACCCUUAAAAGAAACACAGAGGGGAUAUUGGGAUACUGUGUGGAGCGGUAAAUUUGACACGCUUUUUGCGUCAAAAUUUAGUGUCAUAGCACAAGAUGUUAACAAAGUCGAAGUUUCUUUCAAAAAAACAUAUGACCCUUCGAGUGGUAACAAUCCUCCUCUAAACGUUGACAAAAGGUGAGAUUUAUUUUAGAAAAUUAGAAGUACUUUUUAUAAUAUAGUGAGAUUACAUGGAAAUAUAGCUGAUUUGUAUUAAAAAAAAAUAUAUUGGUAUGUGAUGCUGCGUGGGAGUUCUGGAUUUUAUUCAUAUGGAAUAUUUGAACACUUAAAAGGAUGGCCUGAUCUAAACUUGGAAGAAGCUAGAAUUGCUAUUAAGCUCAGCAAGCCACUGUUCCAUUAUAUGGCAAUAUCAGACGAUAGGCAAAGGGUAAUGCCAUCAGAAGAGGAUCGUGCAAGUGGACAAGUUCUCGAUUUUAAAGAAGCUGUUAAACUCACAAAUCCAUCCAACCCUAAACUCAAAAACGAGGUCGAUGACAAGUACCAAUAUUCGGAUGAGGUCAAAAAUAUUAAAGUUCAUGGGUGGAUUAGUGAUACUCCACACAUGGGUUUUUGGGUAAUUUCACCAAGUUAUGAAUAUUGUAAUGGUGGUCCUAUGAAGCAAGAUCUUACCUCUCAUGUUGGUCCAACGUCAAUGGCUGUAUUUUUCAGUAGGCAUUAUGCAGGGCCACAAUUGGGAGUUUCACUAACAAAUGGUGAGGCAUGGACAAAAGUUUUUGGUCCAGUAUUUUUCUAUGUUAAUUCAGAUUCUAGCAAUGACCAUAGCAUACUUUGGGAAGAUGCCAAAAGACAGAUGAAUGAAGAAACUAAAAAAUGGCCAUAUGAUUUCCCUGCAUCAACGGAUUAUCCCCAUGCAAAUCAACGUGGCUCAGUUAGUGGUCAAUUAAUGGUCCACGACUGGUACAUAAACAAAGAUGCUGUUCCUGCAAAAAAUGCAUUUAUUGGACUUGCUGCACGUGGAGUUAUUGGAUCUUGGCAAAGUGAGACCAAGGGUUAUCAAUUUUGGACUCAAACUGAUAAUUCUGGUAACUACAAGAUAAAUAAUGUCAGACCUGGAAUUUAUGGCUUAUAUUCUUGGGUCCCUGGAAUUAUGGGAGAUUACAAGUUCUCUUCUGAUGUGACUAUCACACAAGGGAAGGAAACACAUUUAGGUCAAAUAAUUUUUGAAGCUCCAAGAAAUGCUCCAACUCUAUGGGAAAUUGGAUUUCCAGACAGAACUGCUUCUGAAUUCUUUAUACCCGAUCCAUUGCCUAGUCUUCAAAAUUAUUUGUACAUUAACAGUACUGUAUAUAAGUUUAGACAAUAUGGUUUAUGGGAUCGUUACACGGAUUUAUAUCCUAAUGGAGACUUGGUAUACAAAGUUGGUGUUAGUAAUUUUCGAAAAGAUUGGUUCUUUGCCCAUGUAAACAGGAGAAAUACGGACAACAGUUUUUCACCAACGACAUGGCAAAUUUCAUUUGAUCUUAAAAAUGUGGAUCCUGCUGGCACUUAUUAUCUUCGUAUAGCUUUGGCUUCUGCAUCCCAUGCACAUUUGCUAGUGUGGAUAAAUACUCCCUCAAAACCUAGGCCAUGGUUUGAUUCAUCACAAGUUGGAUUGAGUAAUGCAAUAGCCAGACAUGGGAUUCAUGGAUUAUAUAUGAUUUUCAAUAUUGAAUUUCCAGGGACUCAACUUCAUGUUGGUGAAAAUAUAAUAUAUUUGAAGCAAGCAUCAGUUCAUGGUAAUUUUACUGGACUCAUGUAUGAUUAUAUUCGUCUUGAAGGUCCUUCACAAUAGAAAGAGGAGGAUUUUGAUAAUUAGAAGAGAGAAUUUCCCCCCUAAAGGGGAUAUAAACAAUCAUGAUUUUAUUUAUAUAUAGGUAUGGUCAUUUUUUUUAGUUUUGCCAUUCAAUUAUUGUCUUGAGAACGGAUGUUGUUCUCGAGAGUACUUUAGUUUUGAGAACGGAUGUUGCUAGUCAAUUAUUACCAGUCUAAUAAAAUUCUCUCAUCGUUGGUACUUGAUACUUUAGUUUUGUUUGUUUGUUUGUCUUCGGUUUAUUAUCUCUAAUAAUUACUAGCGUUUGCCUUACUAGCUUACUUGAUUUGCUUAAUGUGUCUAUUACAUAUGCUUUUAUGUCUCAAACUUGCAGAUUUUUUUUUUCUUUUUUUUGUUGUUGUUGUUGUCAUUUUAUAAAACUUAAGACAAUUCUCGCAAGGACAAUCCAAUGAUAUGAUUCA